AUGACCCAACCAAUGUCAAUUCCCUAUCCUAUGAUUGCUGCCUCUAACAAACCACUCCUUGUUCUAAGUGCCCGUCUCACUCGCAUUCAUCUCUCAAAUCACUCAGGCUUCACCUCGGCUGAGAAAAUAGCUAUAAUGGCGCUAAUCAUUCUAUUCUCUCUCUCUCUCUCUCUCUCUCUCUCUCUCUCUCUCUCUCUCUCUUCUUCUCUCUCUUUCAAUCGCUGUUUCUUACUCUCUCCCUCUCUUUCCCUCUCUCUCUUCCCCUCUCUCUCUUCUUCUCUCUCUCUUCCUCUCUCUCUCUCUUCAGUCACUGUUUCUUAUUCUCUACCGCUUUCUCUCUCUUUCCUUCUCUCUCUUCCUCUCUCUCUCUCUUCUCUCUCUUUCAAUCACUGUUUCUUAAUCUCCGACUCUCUUUCCCUCUCUCUUUCCCCCUCUCUCUCUUCCUCUCUCUCUCUUUUCCUCUCUCUCUCUUUUCCUCUCUCUCUUUCAAUCGUUGUUUCUUACUCUCUCCCUCUUUCCUUCUCUCUCUUCCUCUCUCUCUCCUCUCUCUUUCAAUCACUAUUUCUUACUCUCCGUCUCUCUUUCCGUCUCUCUUUCCCCCUCUCACUCUUCCUCUCUCUCUCUCUCUCUCUCUUUUCAUCUCUUUCUCUUUCAAUCACUGUUUCUUACUCUCGCCCUCUAUCUCCCUCUCUCUUUCCUUCUCUCUUUCCCUCUCUAUCUUCCUCUCUCCCUUUUCUUCUCUUUCAAUCACUGUUUCUUACUCUCCUCCUCUCUUUACUUCUCUCUCUUUCCCUCCCUCUCUCUCUUUCCCUCUUUCUCUUUUUUCUUCUCUCUCUUUCAUUCACUAUUUCUUACUCUUUCUCUCUUUUUUUCUUUCGCAACUUUUGUCCAUAUUUCUGUAUCAUUUGUUCGUUACUCUCUUUUCUUUUCUUCUUUCUCCAAUUUUUCUUUCUUGUUGACCCUUCCACCCUCCUUUCUUUCUGCGUAAUAUUUUAUCCGCUCCACUCCCCCCCCUCCUCAUCUCUUUAUUAA